AUGGCAUCAAAUUUACCAUAUGCUGCAGAUGCAGAAAGUCCGCUCAAGCCUGCCGAGUUACAAGUCCUCCGAGCGCAGUAUGAAAAGGAAGGAGAAUAUGUUGGGGUUCAAACUAAAUUCAACUAUGCUUGGGGCUUGAUCAAAUCAAAUCAGCGGCCGGAACAGCAACUGGGCGUGCAGCUACUCUCAGACAUCUUCAAGACGACCCCCGAGCGAAGAAGAGAAUGCUUAUACUAUCUGGCGCUGGGCAAUUACAAGCUUGGGAACUAUGCAGAGGCGAGAAGAUAUAAUGAUUUACUUAUGGAGAAAGAGCCCGGCAAUCUGCAAGCAAGCAGUCUCGGCCAGCUAAUCGACGACAAGGUUUCGAGGGAGGGACUGAUGGGCGUAGCCAUCAUUGGGGGUGCAGCUGUGGUUGCAGGCAUUGUAGGUGGAAUUAUCAUGAGAGGGUCACGGAAAAGGUGA